AUGGAUCCAAUCAAGUAUAUUUUCAAAAAGCUUGCUUUAAUUGGAAGGAUUUCUCGUUGGCAGAUGCUACUAUCUGAAUAUGAUAUUGAGUACCGUACCCAAAAGGCGAUUAAAGGUAGUAUCAUCGUAGAUCAUUUGGCUCACCAGUCGAUCGAUGAUUAUCAAUCAACCAGGUUUGACUUCCCUGAUGAAGAUGUUAUGUACUUAAAAGUUAAAGAUUGUGAUAAGUCAUUGCCCGAAGAAGGGACAAAGCAUGGAUCCCAGUGGGGUUUAGUGUUUGAUGGAGCUAUUAAUGCUUAUGGUAAUGCCAUUGAUUUGAGAAUUAAAAUCCUUGAUGUGUAUGGGGAUUCGACCCUAGUGGUUAAUCAGAUUAAAGAAGAAUGGAAGACUCGUCAUCCUGGCUUAAUUCCUUACAAAGAUUAUGCAAGGAGGUUGUCGACUUUCUUCAAUAAAAUAGAGUUUUAUCAUGUACCUCGUGAAGAGAAUCAGAUGGAGGAUGCUCUGGCUACUUUGUCUUCUAUGUAUAAAGUAAAUUGUUGGAAUGAAGCACCCAAUAUCACGAUUAUGCGCCUUGAUAGGUCUGCUUACGUGUUUGCAGUAGAAUAA